AUGAGUCGCUGUGAUAUUAAAGUUGUGUUAUUAGGCAGUGAACAUGUAGGAAAGACUAGUUUAGUUCUAAGGUACGUGAAUUGCCGGUUUAAUGCAGAUAUUCCUUAUCAAAAUACAGUAGGUGCUGCUUUCUGUGCGAAGACAGUGCGUGCUGGCGACAAAGACUUCAAUAUUGGCAUCUGGGACACAGCGGGGAGUGAGAGGUAUGAAGCCAUGACUAAGAUAUAUUACAGAGGUGCACAUGCUGCGAUAAUCUGCUAUGAGCCGUCUUCGGUGGCAUCUUGGAACAGGUUGAGACAUUGGCUUCAGGAGUUGAGGACUGUGGAAGAGGAUUGCAAAGUAUAUCUUUGUGGGACUAAAAAGGACCUACUGGACUCAGGAUACGUCUCCCGUGAAGUGUCUCAAGAUAUAGUGGCGACAUACUCUCAGGGUUUAUGUGGACACUUCCUCACUUCCAGUAAGACUGGCGAAAAUGUCGACGAACUCUUCCAGAAGAUUGCCGACGACUGUGCAGCUGAUUUAAAAUUAAUGAAAGAAGUAGAAGAUUUAAGAGUGCAGUUAGCGAAAGACGAGGCGGCUUAUAGAGUUAAGAAUAAUAACUAUUGUAUAUGCUGA